GAGAGAGAGAGAAAGAGAGAGAGAAAGGGAUGAGGGAGAGUCUCUGUUCUGCUGACAGGAGGGUAUAUAAGACAGUACAUGGUCUCUGUCGUCAGUGUCGCUGUGGGCUCACUGUUACAGAAACUGAACUAUUUCUCAUUCAGCAUGCAGGAUCACAAUCACAAACGGGCUCUUCUCGCCUGGUGCCUGGUGUUUUUGCUGCUUGUCCAGCAGGUGACCUGCAAUCCUGUGCCAAAGUCAGACACACCUUCAACUUCUGUGCAGAAAGUUCAAAGGUCGCUAAAGAGAACGGCUCGAAUGACCCCAUUAUGGAGGAUCAUGGGCACUAAACCUCAUGGCGCCUACUGCCAGAACGACUAUGAGUGCUCCACAGGAAUAUGCAGGAAAGGCCACUGUUCCUACAGCCAACCGAUUAAUUCCUAAAAUGAAGACUCCUUCCUUCUCUGAUCAUCGUGCAUGACGAAAGCUUGAUUCAGUGAGCAGCAGGAGGCAACCGAAUGUGCAAUGCAGUUAAUCAUCAGUUAGACAUAUAGUAAGCCACAAAUGAGGCAAUAGGUGAAGUUCUGGAGAUUGUGCUUAUCAUAAGGUAAAUAACAUGUGGACUAUUUUGAGAGUGCAAAGAAAAUCAACAGAAACCUCAUAAUCUACCUGCAACAGUGAUAUUGCUUUAUACAAGAAGCAUUAUUAGUUGGAUUUGCAUGACAUUUAUGAUAGACAUAUUUCAGGUGGUAUUGGGAAAUUGAUACAGUAUGUGUUUUGGGCCAGUCUAUGGAUGUCAAUAGAGCAGUAUAGAGAGAGCUUUUGGCACUAACAGCUGAUCUUAGGACUAAGCUUAGUCCAAAGCGGGAAACUGGUGUGUUAUAUUAGAUCGUGUUACUUGAAAGCUAUAUAUGCAAGUGUAGGCAAACGUGUCUAUUAGUGCCUUAGCUCAACCCAAAUGUCAUUGAACCAAAGCUAGCCUGGAGAAAAAGGGACAGAGAAAGUGCAAGGGUUGCUAUUAUUGACUAUGCCUAGCCUAUAUACUAUUAACCAUUUGCCUCCAAUCUUUGCCUUUGUCUGUGUGCUCACGUGUGUUUUUAUUUUAUUUAAGAUUCAUUUACCUGUCACUAUUUAUGUUGUUAUAAACAAGUGUCUCCACCUCAUCUCAUAAAUCAGGAUUUACAAGCAUCGUUUCAAUAUGGGAUUACUUAUUUAUUGUAUUUCUCUUUUCAUUUUGUAUGACUCAACAGUUGAUUUACAGCUCUUUUUUUUAUGUAUCCGACUAUAUAUCAAUAUAAGAUUUAUAACUUAUAUUUACUGUACUGUAACUCUAUAUGUGCAUCUCUCAUAUGAUAUAAAAUAAAAACAUGUUCCGAGAAACUGUC